UAACCGUAAUUAUUCAGAAGGUGCAAUUAGUUAAAAUUUAGUGCAUCAUAAAUUAAUGAGUACCAUGGAGAAACAAAAGUGGAUAAUAAGUGCAGUUACAGCACUGUAUUGUUUACUUAACUUUACACAGUUAAUAAUGGCAUGCCCAUCAUCGUGUAUUUGUAAAUGGAAAGGUGGUAAACAAACAGUUGAAUGCAUCAAUAAAGAUUUAAUUACAAUUCCAGAUGGAAUGGAUCAAGGUACCCAAGUACUUGAUUUUUCUGGAAACAAUCUUCAAACAUUGCAAAAACAUCGAUUUCAACGCAUGGACCUAAUAAACUUACAAAGAAUAUAUCUUGCGCGUUGUAAAAUUGUAAAAAUUGAUGAUCAAGCUUUCACAGGGUUAACGAAUCUGGUUGAGCUUGAUUUAUCAGAGAAUAUGAUUAGUGCAGUUCCAACAGCAACAUUCGCAGAUUACGCUUCACUAAUGCGACUUUCUCUUAACGACAAUCCCAUUAAAAUAGUUCGUAGUUAUGCAUUCCAUGAUUUAUCAUAUUUAAGCACAUUAGAAUUAAGUAAUUGCGAGAUCGAAAUUGUUGAAGAUGAAGCAUUUACGGGUCUAAAUAAUUUAGAAUGGUUAAAAUUGAAUGGUAAUCGAUUAACACAUAUUCGAGGAACCGAGAUAUUACCUGUAUCAUUGCACGGCAUUGAUUUACAUCAUAAUAGAUGGAUUUGCGAUUGUCGAUUGCUUGAUUUGCAUAAUUGGUUACUAAAUUUUAAAAUUCCACAUGCAGUUGAACCAACGUGUACACGCCCUCCGAGACUGGCCGGUCGCGUUAUUAAAUCUGUGAAUCUUGAAGAUUUAGCUUGUCUUCCUGACAUAUCUCCGACAACACUUUAUUUAGAAAUCGGUGAAGGAAAAAAUGUUUCAUUAUUAUGCAAAGUAUCUGCAAUACCGGAAGCUCAUGUAUCAUGGUGGUUUCAAGGGCAGCUUUUACAAAAUGAUACAACUAUUGCACCAGGAUACCAUUUACUAUAUUAUAUUGAAGAAGGUACUAUAGAAAAGCGUAGCGAACUUUUUAUAUAUAACACAAAUACAGAAGAUAAUGGAACAUUUAUAUGUGCGGCUGAAAAUUCAGCAGGUAAAUCAUUAUCUAACUACACGAUUCGUGUUAUUGUAAAGGAAGAACCCGUGGUUGUUGUAGUACCUUUUCCCAUAGAGUAUUUUGUUGCCAUAGCCUCAGGUGCUUCUGCAUUGGCGUUGUUAAUUGUUAUUGGUAUCAUAAUGGCAAUACUAAAAUGCAGACGUAAUCGUCAAGCAAAGAAAAAGAAGGACUGUGGUAAGGAAGUUGCAUUACAAGGCCAACAAAAUAUGAAUAAAUGUGCCGUUUUGUGUGAAAAUGCAGAACCAAUGACUGAGCCUAUUAAAUUAAAUGGUGGUGUCAGUGAUCGGCAACCAGAUAAUAACACAUUACUAUAUGCUUCUCUAGCCAGUGGGACGCUUAUGAUUGGUGAUGUAUCUACGGUUAGUGUGGUAAAACAAUACAGAAGUCCACCAUCGGUUAAAAAUUUUUCCAAUGAACAAAAUCCAGAUUUAAUUAAUGAUACAGAAAGUGUUGGUAAAGGUAGACGCCGUGAAGGAGAAGCAGAAGAAACAGAUAUAGGUGAUAAUAGUGGUCAUAAUAGUUACCAAGAAGCGAUGGAUAAUAUAAUCGACGAAUUUGAAGCAAAGAAUGCAAACAAGCCACCCUCAAGGCGAGUGCAGUGGCAAGAUACCACGGUAAUGUACACUGGCGGAAUAGCAACACUUCCGCGUGGUGGCAGUCAUGAGUUAUAUCAGCAUUCAGCAGAUGUACACUUAAAUCCGGGCUGUUUUAUGGACAACGAAGGUUAUCCAAUUGAUUAUGGAUUGCCUAAACGAACAGUACUGCCGAUACAACCAACUGCAAAUCCGGCUGCAAAUAAUUGUUUUUAUAGAACCUUACCCCACAAUAGGAGUAAAUUAAAUACUGCAGCUUCUCCAAAUGUACGUUAUUCCAGAGAAGCAGAAUUUUUAUCAAGAUCUGCACAACCAGCUCCAUAUGAACAUUAUAAUCCUUCAACAGAUGUCAGGUAUACAGCUGAAGGAUAUCCUUGCUCAAAACCAAUCCAAAAUGUAUACUCUACAAACCCUGGCGCGACACAAUACUCAGAAAACGGUACGUUCAUUCCAUCACCACCAGAAGGAUAUAAAUCAAAUGACUUACCAACAUGUCACAGUCCACCUAAAGAAAAUCAACGGCCUCCACAAUGGCCUCCGUGUAUACCCCCAAGUGGUUUUGAACCACAAAUGCAAUCUGUAAGACCAGUGCCUCCAACAAGACGAUGUAGUGUUGGAGCUCAAACAGAAUCUGCAGAGCCUAAGAAUGAAACAUUGAGAACACAUAAACCUGGAAUCGGCAUUGUAAAUACACAUCAUGUUCAUGAGGUACUAACCGAGAGUCCCGAUGAAGGAUAUGUAGGUGAUAGUAACGAUGUAACAGAAAUUUGACGAAGGUCUUCGUUAGUUACGAAAUCUGUUGGGCCAGAUGGUGAUCAAAACAGUUCAACAGUGUCGUCUCCACAACAUAUUACAGUUCAUAGUGGUGGUGAGAGCCACCCAUUAAACUGAAAUAAAUUAAUAUUAAAAUGACUGACCAGGGUAUAGUUCUGUAUGUUUGAACAAUUUUUUGAAAGCAAUAUUAAAACUUUUAUACAAAUAAAUACGAAAAUUUACAACAAAUAAUUAUUUAUAACAAGAAUAAUAUCAAGAAAAUUAUUAUAGUAGUUACAACCUUGAAGAAAGUAUU